AUGUCAAACCUCGAAGCUUUCGGCAUCGUCCUUCACGCAAUCCCCAUUCUCAUCUCAGGCGCAGAGCUAUGCCGUGAUGCGUACGGCAAGGGCAAGCUCGCAUUCCGCAAGCGAAAGUACGUCGAGAAGCUGGCGAGGUCUUUGCUGCUACACCAGCAAACUCUGCUGGAAACAGUUCGCCUUAUCAUCACGCGGAGUGGCCACAGCUACGACGAGACAACCUUCCUCAGCGGAGACUCUCUUGCGUAUUUCAAGGAUGACAAGAUCCAGACCCAGGUGGAAGCCUUUCUUGGAGACGACAACUACAGAGCUUUGACCGGAAGAGUUCUAGACAUCCAGGGUAUCCUGGAAGAAGUGGCCAAGCACUUGGAUGGCCUGAUACCCUCUCACAAGGAUGAUCCGUCCGAUCUUGUUGGAAUCAUAGAAGCAAACCAAACGGCAAAGAAACACAAGGCAGAUAUCAUCCCUCGACUCAAAGUUGCCCUGAAGAGCGACGCGAUAAAGGAAAGCAUCAGCGAGCUGGACACAGCCACCAGCACGCUCCAUACCUUUUCACAAACCGUGCUGAUGAACCGCCAUGGACCCGUCAGCUCACUGGUAUCAUCCAGCAACAUGAGGCUUGCCAAGGCCUUCCGCAGGAUUCAGAGUGCUUCAAAGAACCUAUACACAGCUCUUUGCCGCUGCUGCACGGGUUCGUGUCACAACGAACACAACGUUCACGUCUUGCUUGAAGAUCGAGUCGACGUGGCAUCGGAGCUUCUUCGCUCUGCGAAACAGAUGAGUGACGAUGAAAAGACAAUCUUGGCCUUUCAGCUCAUUUUUGCCGCAAAAUUCCUUGCUCCCAUUCAGAUCAGAUGCCACGAGCUUUCCGUCAAAUGCAUGCAGGAAGACCCAAGCGACUUGAACCCUGGACAGGUCGAGUCGAAAGCUUCACGGGUGAGGAUCCUGGAACGCGAAUGCGCAAAAGCCAAGGACUCCAGCUCGCUACAAUCAAACUUUGUCCCAAUAGACAACCUCUGCUCCGCCAUUGUAACGGCUCACGAUGAGGCACAACACGUUGCCUUUAUUCUACAUGCGAGCAAUAGAAUGGGCUUCAUCACCUCAAAGCAGAAGACAGUGAUUCUUAAGAGCAAUCACCAGACCAUCUCCCUCAGGGACAUCCUCUCGGAAACUUCCGGAGCAUAUGGCGCAAGGCUUCCCCUACAAUCAGCCAUGCUUCUAGCUUCGACACUCGGAUCAAGCUUACUUCAAUAUGCUCAAACCCGGUGGUUUGGCCCAGCGUGGUCCAAAGACUCGAUUUUCUUCCUAUUAAACCCCGAGAAUGGAUCAGAACGAUCUCUCGCUGACUUUAACCGACCUUUUGUAUGCGCGAAGAUCGAGGACGCGGAGGCCAAUGGAGCGAAUGCGGCUGACCCCAAGUCUACUCUUCUGGAGCUUGGCAUCUUGCUGCUUGAGAUAUGGCACCAGACCACACUGGAGAACCGCUUUGCUGCGAAUAAGGCACAUCAAUCUGCGUCUGAUUACUUCGCAAGACUAUCUCUUGCAGCGCAGUGGUUGGACGAUGACUACAACACGCCGCUGCCGCUGUACGAACAAGCCGUGAGAUACUGCGUCUAUGGGGCGUCUACUAAACGCUGGACUCAUUGGAAUACAACCGAACUUUGGGGUGAGAUUUGUAAGGAGGUCAUUAAGCCUCUGUCAGACAACUGCAGACAAUGGAAGGGGCGCACAGUGACAUAUUCAAGGUAG